CCAGGCUUCUGUUUGGUCUGUAAUCAGUUGACCAGAGAAUGCUUCAGAUCUGAUGACCUGUUGCCCUCUGCUUCUCUCUCUAGGGAGAGCCGAGGGGAGAAGGGGAGUUGAAUCCCAUCCGGAGCCUUUGGUGGGGCCCACAUCCCCACAGACCCUUUGGGAGCCUAGCAGAUCCCUGUCCUCGCAAAGGGCUCAAGAUGCUGAGGAUUGUCAUCUGUGCCGCCGCUAUGCUGGGCUCUGUCUUAGCACAGGAGCCCCGAGGCCACGUCUCCAUCGUCCUCCUGGGAGCCACGGGGGACCUGGCCAAAAAGUACCUGUGGCAGGGACUGUUCCAGCUCUAUCUGGACGAGGCAGGCAACGGCCACAGCUUUAGCUUCCAUGGGGCGGCCCUGACGCGGCCUGAGCAGGGGCAGCUGCUCAUGGCCCAGGCCCUGGAGAAGCUCUCCUGCCCCUUGGAUGUGCUGCCUGAGCGCUGUGCCCAGCUCAAGGGGCAGUUUCUGCAGCUGAGCCGGUAUCGGCAGCUGCGGACAGCCGAGGACUAUGUGACCCUCAGCAAGGACAUUGAGGCCCGGCUCCAGCAGGAGGGGCUUCAAGAGUCUGGAAGGAUCUUCUACUUUUCCGUACCUGCCUUUGCCUAUGCGGACAUUGCUCAGAAAAUCAACAGCAGCUGCCGGCCGGGCCCAGGGGCCUGGCUGCGUGUGGUCCUCGAGAAGCCCUUCGGGCAUGACCGACGCUCUGCCCAGGAGCUCUCCAAGGAGCUUGGAACCUUCUUCCGAGAGGAGGAGAUGUAUCGUGUGGACCACUACCUUGGCAAGCAGGCAGUGGCCCAGAUCCUGCCCUUCCGAGACCGGAACUGGAAAGCCUUGGACCGACUUUGGAACCGGCACCACGUGGACAGGGUAGAGAUUGUCAUGAAGGAGACGGUGGAUGCAGAGGGUCGCACUAGCUUCUAUGAAGAGUACGGAGUCAUCCGGGACGUCAUCCAGAACCACCUGACGGAGAUCCUGACCUAUGUGGCCAUGGAGUUGCCCCGGAACUUCAGCGACCCAGAGGAGCUGCUCCGGUGCAAGCUGCGGACCUUCCGGGCCCUUCGGAGCCUGGAGAAGGGGAGCGCGGUCCUAGGGCAGUACCAAGCGUACAACGGGCAGGUCCAGAAGGAGCUGCAGAAGCCUGCCGGGUAUGUGAGCCUGACGCCGACCUUUGCAGGCGUCCUUCUUCAGAUCGACAACCUGCGCUGGGAGGGCGUCCCCUUCAUCCUGAUGUCCGGGAAGGCCCUGGAUGAGAGGGUGGGCUACGUCCGGGUCGUAUUCAAGAACCGGGCGUACUGCACCCAGAGCGAGAGCCACCGGGACUCUGGGAAGAGCCAGUGCCAGCCCAGACAGAUCAUUUUCUAUAUCGGGCACGGGACGCUGGGCAGCCCCGCGGUGCUGGUCAGCAGGAACCUAUUUAAGCCCUCGCUGCCUCCUGGGAGCUGGCAGGAGAUCCAGGAAAUGCCCACGCUGCACCUCUUUGGUCAACAGCUGGCUGAUUUCCACGCCUACCGCCCCCGCCAGGAGAGAGACGCCUACUCCGUUCUGAUCUCCCACAUCUUCCACCGGCGGAAGGAUUUUUUCAUCACGACGGAAAACCUGCUGGCCUCCUGGGACGUGUGGACCCCGCUGCUGGACAGCAUUGCCCAGGAGGUGCCCCGGCAGUACCCUGGGGGGGCCAGCAAUGAGUACCUGCUGGAUUUUGAGCAGGAGGGCAGCCAGGUGGUCUUUGUGCAGCGGCAGGUGGAACAGCUGGUGUCCGGCCCCGGCCCCGGCGCCGGCCCCAUGCCUAGAGACUUCAGCGUCCUCCAGGCCAAGUUCCGGCAGAGCCCUCUCGUCUCAGCCUGGCCCGAGGAGCUGAUCGCCCGGUUGGCGUCCGACAUCGAGGUGGCCGCCGAGCGGGCCGUGAAGCGCUCCGGGGAAUUCCACCUGGCCCUUUCGGGGGGCUCCAGCCCCGUGGCCCUGUUUCAGAGGCUGGCCACGAGGCACUACAGCUUCCCUUGGGGCCACACUCACCUGUGGCUGGUGGAUGAGCGGUGCGUCCCGCUGACUGACCCCGAAUCCAACUUCCAGGGUCUGCACGUCCACCUGCUCCAGCACAUCCGAGUGCCUUACUGCAACAUCCACCCCAUGCCCGUACACUUGCACCGGAGGCUGUGCGUGGAGGAGGACCAGGGUGCCGAGCUCUACGCCAAGGAGAUCUCAGCCCUCGUGACCAACAGUAGCUUUGACCUGGUGCUGCUGGGCGUGGGCACUGACGGGCACACAGCCUCGCUCUUCCCUCACUCGCCCAGCGGCCUGGAAGGGGAGAAGCUGGUGGUGUUCACCGAGAGCCCCGCUAAGCCUCACCAGCGCAUGAGCCUCAGCCUUCCUCUCAUUAACCGGGCCAAGAAGGUGGCCGUCCUCGUGAUGGGCAAAAGGAAGAGGGACAUCACCCUCCAGGUGAGCCGGGUGGGCCACGAGCCCAAGAAGUGGCCCAUCUCUGGGGUCCUGCCUGCCUCUGGCCAGCUCGUCUGGUAUAUGGACUACGACGCCUUUCUGGGCUGAUGGUGCCACCGGCUCACCUGCCCUCCCUCCCCGUCCUCCCUGCUUACCAGAGAACUCUGUGCCCAAUGGCCGUACAUUCCGAUAGCCCCCAGGAGGGUAGGGAGGGGAGCAGGUAAUAGCUAUGAAUUGGACAAGAUGAGGAGCAGUCAGAAAAAGGCUGGCACUAAUAUGCUGCUAUGUGGCCUUGGAGAAGUCACUGAAGUUCUCUGGGCCUCAGUUUCCUCAUGUGUAAAAUGAGGGGGGUGGGCUUGGACUAACUGAUCUCUCAGGUACCCUCCAGCUCUAAAUCUAUGAUGUGUGACUACUGUGGUCCCUUCCAGUUCUGAGAUUCUGUGAAACUGAUUCGAAGGAUUAAUUCAAUGACUACUACGAGCAGGAAACCACCCAGCCCUUCCAGGGCCUGGAGAUGAAAGAAACAAACCAUUUCCUUUUAUACCUCAAAGAGACUUUUCUUCUGCCUGGGGAGAGAAGAUGCCUUCUGUGAAAAGGACGUACCACCAUGUCCAAAAGAGCCAAGAUAAUAUGGUGCCAGCUGAGCCAAUGAAAAUGGUGGUCAGAGCGGGGUGGGGCUAAUCAGAGCUGGCUUCCUGGAGGAGGCUAGUUUUUGACAUUGGCCUUGGAAAAUGGACAGAGAGGACGCUAGGACUGAGUUCAGGAACCAGAAGUGAGCUCUUUGUUGUUGGGGAGGGGGCGGUUAAGUCAGUUGCCUUGUUUAGAACAGAAUUCUCCCUGUGAAAUGCUGAAAAAGGGAUGGAGAAAGAUGGUAGGCCACUGGUGGUCAGCCUGACAAUACCUCAUGUUUUCAUCGACCUUAAAGGUCGACAAAGUACUUUACAGAAA